AUGGCAACAGCUGGGCCAAGUAGCACUAGUGACAGUCGGAGUGAAAGCAGCAACAAUGUCGGUGGAGCAGAAGGCAAUGGAGAAGAUGCCACUGACAAUUCAAACUUUGAGUGCAAUAUAUGUCUCGAUACAGCAAAGGAUGCGGUCAUCUCCAUGUGUGGACAUCUCUUUUGUUGGCCUUGCUUACACCAGUGGCUAGAAACACGACCAAACAAUCAAACAUGUCCUGUUUGUAAAGCAGCAAUAUCAAGAGAGAAGGUGAUACCCCUGUAUGGUAGAGGGUCUGGUAAUCAACAGGAUCCAAG